AUGAUGAUGCUGAAAGUGGAAGAGCUGGUCACCGGGAAGAAGAAUGGCAGUGGGGACGCUGGGGAGUUCCUCCCCGAGGACUUCACAGAUGGAGAGUAUGAAGCUGCUGUUACUCUGGAGAAGCACGAGGACCUGAAAACACUUCCGGCCCACUCAGUGAGCCUUGCUGAGCAGCAGUGGAAAAUUGAGAAACAGCGAGAGGCAGAGCUCAAGAAGAAAAAACUAGAACAAAGAUCGAAGCUUGAAAAUUUAGAAGACCUUGAAGUUAUCAUUCAACUGAAGAAAAAGAAGAAAUACAGGAAAACGAAAGUUCCGGUUGUAAAGGACCCUGAACCUGAAAUCAUUACAGAACCUGUGGAUGUGCCCCGGUUUCUGAAGGCUGCCCUGGAGAACAAACUGCCAGUAGUAGAAAAAUUCUUGUCAGAUAAGAACAAUCCAGAUGCUUGUGAUGAGUAUAAACGGACAGCUCUGCACAGAGCAUGCUUGGAAGGACACCUGGCAAUUGUGGAAAAGUUACUGGAAGCUGGAGCACAGAUCGAAUUCCGUGAUAUGCUGGAAUCUACAGCCAUCCACUGGGCAAGCCGUGGAGGAAAUGUGGAUGUCUUAAAAUUGUUGCUGAAUAAAGGAGCGAAAAUCAGUGCCCGGGAUAAGCUGCUCAGCACAGCGCUGCACGUGGCCGUGAGGACCGGCCACUACGAAUGCGCCGAGCACCUCAUCGCCUGCGAGGCGGACCUCAACGCCAAAGACCGAGAAGGAGAUACCCCGCUGCACGACGCCGUGAGGCUGAACCGUUACAAGAUGAUCCGACUCCUGAUUAUGUACGGCGCCGACCUCAACGUCAAGAACUGUGCUGGGAAGACCCCGAUGGACCUGGUGUUACGCUGGCAGAAUGGAACCAAAGCGAUAUUUGACAGCCUCAAAGAGAACUCCUACAAGACCUCUCGCAUCGCUGCCUUCUGA